CCCCAGUUGCGCGGUAGCAGCCCCGGAAUCGGACAAAACGAAAAAAAUAAAUCAGGAGGCGAGAGCAGAGGGGCAGAGAUGAUGAUGGAAAUGGUCGAUGGGUGCAGGAGGAAGAGAUCAUCUCCAUCCAUUGCUGUGAUGCUGUUCCUCCUCCUCCUCGUUUGCUGCUCCUCGUCUCCAUCUCAAGUCCUCUCUCCUCUGAUCAUCCGGCAGCUCCCCCGUUCUUCGUCCAGCAACAGUACAGGGGCGGCCGUGCUCGUGUCCGUGGAUGAUUUCGGAGCAAAAGGAGAUGGCUGUACCGAUGAUACCAAGGCCUUUAAAGAUGCUUGGGAGUUUGCCUGUUUAUCACCACUAAGAACCAUCCUUCAAAUUCCGGCAGAAAAUGUAUAUUUGGUCCGUCCAGUCGACUUUGCUGGACCUUGUAAAGCAAAGCUGACAAUGUUGGUUUCAGGAACUAUCAUCGCUCCAUCAGAUCCUGAUAUCUGGCAGGGGCUGGAUCCUCAUAAAUGGCUAUAUUUCCAUGGAAUAAGACAGCUGGUAUUAGGAGGUGGAGGGACUAUCAAUGGCAUGGGACAGGAAUGGUGGGCACGGUCUUGCAAGAGAAAUGCGACGAAUCCAUGCCGGCACGCUCCUACGGCGGUUACUUUUCAUCGGAGCAAGCAUCUUACCAUCCAUGACCUGACUCUGAUGAAUAGUCAGCAGAUGCAUAUGGCAUUCACCACAUGUUCUCAUGUUCGAGCAUCUCGUUUGAAAGUGGUUGCACCUGCUGAGAGCCCCAACACUGAUGGAAUUCAUAUAAGUGCAUCAGUCUCUGUUGUGGUUGCAGAUACUAUGAUUAGAACAGGAGAUGACUGCAUAUCUAUAGUCAGCAAUUCUUCUGAUAUCCUAGUUAAAAACAUCGUCUGUGGACCUGGUCAUGGAAUAAGUAUUGGAAGCUUGGGCAAAUCGGCAACCUAUGCUCAAGUGCACAAUGUUCGAGUGGAUGGAUGCCUGAUUACUAACGCUGAAAAUGGAGCAAGGAUCAAGACUUGGCAGGGAGGUCGUGGCUAUGCUCGCAAAAUAGUUUUCCAGAACAUUUGGAUGAAGAAUGUCUCAAACCCAAUAAUCAUCGACCAGUACUACUGUGACUCAUCCCACCCAUGUAAAAACCAGACAUCAGCUGUGAAGGUGGAUGAGAUUUCUUUCAUUGACAUAAAGGGAACUUCAGCAACAGAGCAUGCAAUUAAGUUCGCUUGCAGCGACACAUUUCCAUGUGUGAAAAUAUUUCUGAAAGAUAUUAAUUUUUCCUUGGAGUCUGGUGGGAAUGCUACGGCUUAUUGUUGGAAGGCGUCAGGCUUCACCUCUGGUUUAGUGUAUCCACCCUCUUGCCUGUCAAGUUCUGACCAGCACAUGAACCAUGUUAUCAAGCAAAGUGUUAAUUCAACUACAGGGAAGCUGGAUUCGUAGAAUUGUGGCUAACAUCCUUGCUUUGCUUGUACCCUAUGUACACACGACUGAUUCAAGGAGUAUAUAAUGGAUCAUGGAUGGUUGUGAUUCCAUUUAUGGAUGCACUGUUUUGAUUUUU